UCAAAUAUGCUUUCGAAUAAGUAUGGAACCGUGGUCGCGUGUGGCAUGCACGAAUACAAAUCCACCGGCGAGUGGAAUAAACUUGACCAAGGCACCGCGACUGCGACAAUUACCAAGGCCGCAGACUCCGACGAUAUCUACCUCGUUGCGAAGUCCAUCCGGAUUCAGUUGAAGAUCCAGGACGAUGAAGGGUGGCUCGAUGGCGCCACCGUCAGUAUGUCUCGUCUCAUAUUCUACGGUCACAGAUGCAUUGCACUGAUAACGCCGUACACACACAGGCCUCCGCGGCAUUCUCUACUACAAGGACAUCAAUAAAGUCAAGUUAGGCAAAUAUGCGAACUACAACAACGAUCGCGUUGUGUUCUACGAGAGCAGUUUGCUUUCGACAGAUUUUACAGCCUACGUACGUCGCAGGAUUCUUCAUUAUCUGCGU